AUGUCCACCGAGGGCACCGGCUCUCCCCAACGCGAAGCAACCCCUACAACGACCCCUACCAUCACCUCCAUCCCACAAAAACGCGCUCUAGAAGACGACCACCAACCUACUGUCUCUUCCCCCUUGAACCCAGACUUCAAGCCCUCAAAACCCCAAGAUGAAGCAGCUCUGGCACGAGAACGGGCACCUCGAGCCAAAAAGGAGUCCCUGAAAAAGCGCGAAUCGAAAGCUGGAUCCCUUGCGCCAGAUACCAGCGCGAGAGCUACUCCAGAUCCGAAAGCAGGGACUGAGAAGAAGAGCAAGAAGAAUGAGGCGCCGCCGGCUCCUAUGCGAUAUAAGCUGCCUCCGCCCAAGUUGACAGAUUUUGAGCCCCCAAGAGGUCCGAUUUUCAUCCCGAGUCAUGCGAAAACUGCACCCGAUGGGUCGGAGAUACAGUUUAAUGAGACGACGGACCAUGUGUAUAACAAGAAAGCUUUCCAUUACACGCAUUGUAUUGCUGAUCCAGCUUUCCCAGCUUCUCUCUAUUACAGGCAAUCAGAAACCGAGCCCUUCGAGCCACGACUGAAUUUCGAGGAUACUUCGACACACAUGUUCUUGGAUGAAUCUGGAAAGCAUGUCACUACGGAUAAAGGGUUCAGAAUGGCGAAGGCGAACGUGGGUGUACGAGAGGGGAGAUGGUAUUGGGAGUGUAAGAUUACCAGCGGAAUACCAAAGCGGAAACGAAGUGAUGGCGGGGGCCAUAUUCAGGAGGAGAGCGCAAAUGGGCAUGUGCGGAUGGGGUGGGCAAGAAGAGAAGCUACGCUAGAUGCGCCAGUAGGGUUUGAUGCCUACAGCUACGGACUUCGAGAUGUGGCAGGCCAGAAAGUGUACAUGUCGCGGCCGAAGGAUUUCUUCCCGCCAGGAGAGGAUAUCAGAGAAGGAGAUGUGAUUGGACUGGAGAUCAACCUGCCAUCAGAAACAUUACAUCGGAAGGUUGUGGAGGGCAAUUACAACCCUGCGGUCGAUCUUACAGACGACGAGAACCCUGGAAUCGAGAGAGCGGACAUUAUCCGAGACCGGGUCCCCAUCAGAUUCAAGGCACACCUUUAUUUCGAACAGAUUGAGUACCAAGCUGUCAAAGAGCUGGAGGAACUCAUGAAUCCUUCACCAGUCAUCUCUUCGAGCGGAGGAAUUAGUUCAGGGCACACUCAGGAUCCAGGACCAACACAUCCAUGCCCGUCUCUGAGAACACUGCCGCAUUCGAGUAUUAAGAUUUAUAAGAACGGAGAGCUCAUUGGCACACCAUUCACCAACCUCUUCGCCUUCCUGCCACCGGCAUCGAAACCACUUGCCCAAGUUGGAGCCCGAGAGGGGUUGGAUGAUGGUAUGCUAGGAUAUUACCCAGCAGUUUCGGUAUUCCGAGGCGGAGCAGCAGAAGUGAACUUCGGUCCACACUUCUGGUAUCCACCACCUGGAUUCGAGGACCAAGACGACGAGGUUGACAUGAUUGGAAGUGACCAGCCCACAACCUCGAAGCUGCAAAAACUGCGAGCAGUGGGUGAACGAUAUGAUGAGCAGAUAGUAGAAGAUAUAGUGUAUGAUAUAGUGGACGAAGUUGAUUUCUGGAUGCAGGAUGGUGGCGUAAGCGGAAAAGGGGCCACGAAUGGCAUGCGUUCUUCAGCGGGCGUCUCGGUGCAGGAUGGGAUGCUUGCUGGUGGUGUUCUGGGAUCUGAGGAGAUCAAGGAGUUGGUGCAGGAUGAUGAGUGA